AUGUCGGUCUUUGGUUUGCAGCGUAUGCUUGACCAGAGACGGAACCCCCCUAAGCCAGCCACCGAGUCAUUCGCCGGCAGGACCAUUCUCUUGACUGGCGCGACAUCUGGCCUAGGCUUCGAAGCCGCCAAAAAGUUCGUGGGCCUCAAUGCAGACAGACUCAUCAUCACAGCGCGCAACGAAAGCAAAGGUCAGGCAGCGAAGGAGCAGAUCGAAGAAUGGGCAAAGUCGAACCACCCGGGGGCUGCCGAUGCGAAACAUACCGAGAUCAUUCCGAUGGUCCUCGUCAUGAGCUCGUUCGCCGGUGUUCAAAAAUUUGCAAAUGAGCUGAAAGCAAAAUUCCCAGGAGGCAUCGACGGCGCCAUCCUUAACGCUGGAAUGAUGAACACAACCUACAUUCAAAGCAGUGAUGGCUGGGAAGAGACCCUGCAGGUGAACACCCUGAGCACCUUCCUCCUCGGUCUCCUCAUCCUGCCACUUCUCAUCGCCUCAGCAGACUCGGGAAGAAAUGCAAAAUACAAGCCUCAUCUGACAUUCAUCUCUUCGGGCACCGCCUGGAUCAUCCAACCAGACGAGAUGAAGGCGUUCAUGGCCAGCGAGAAGCCUCUGGAGGACCUAAGCCAACAAAAGAACUUUCCAGGCGGUGUGUCCGGUGGGUCAGGACAAUACUCCAGAUCCAAGCUCGUGCUCGAGUACGCCGUGCGUCAUUUGGCAGCCUCGCCCGCCAUAAGGGGGCUCGACGGCAAGCCCAAGGUCAUCAUCCAUACCAAUUGCCCCGGCCUAUGCAAGAGCGAUCUGAGCCGUGAGGUUGGAAAGGGCAAUCCACUCAUUCAGCUUGUCAGCUGGGUGCUGCAGACCACCUUUGCCCGCGCAGCCGAAGACGGCGCUAACACAUACGCAACGGCACUAGAGCUUGGCGACGAGGUUCACGGCGAGAUGUGGAAGAAUAAUCGCGUCUUCGAGGUUGGGCCGAUGUUGACCACGGACGAGGGCAAACAGUUUGGUGACAAGAUGUGGAAUGAGAUUGUCGGCAUUGUGCUUGAGGCGGAUGCCAGUGCAAAGGCUUUCUUGGGCUGA